GAGGAAUUUCAACAAGCCACAGGCAGCGAGGAGCCUGAGGGGAGCUGACCGUUUACACAAGCAUUCAAAGCUCAGACUAGGGGGGCUUCCUUCACUGCAUCUGGACGCAUACUGUACAUUGUGGACACUGAGGUACAGACACAGAGGCACAAUGAGGAGAACAGCAGUGUUUAUGCUCCUGCUGCUAAACAUGGAUCUGCAGGUAAAUGCUGCUGAUAAGACAUCUCCAGCACAAACCUCCAGGGCAGAGGAGAAGGUGAAGACAGAACACGAAGCCAGUGGCACCGAGCCUCCAGUCAACACUGCUUCUCCAGCUUUCCUGGGUAACCUGCUGGUGGUACCGAUGGAUGGGAGCCACUGGGUGGGAAUGAAAGCCAUAGCUGAAGAAAUGGGACGACGUGGACACAAAGUCACAGUGGUCAUACCAGAAAUUAGUGUGCGGAUGGGACCAGGGAAGCACUACGACACUGUGACUUACCCGGUUCCUUAUGACAAGACUUUUAUUGACUCAGUGAUGUCUUCACAUAAGAGUAAAAUGGAGAGGUCUGGACAGCCUUUUAUGGAGAACAUGAAGCGACAAUUCUUACAGAUAAAGGAAAUUAUAAAUUUCAUCCACGUCACUGCAGAGAAUCUGUUGUUUAAUGCCAGUGUCAUCUCACAUCUGGAACAGCAGCACUUUGACGCUGUCUUGACAGAUCCCAUGGUACCUACAGGCUCAAUAAUAGCUCGGAAGCUAGGUCUUCCUACUAUUAAUUUACUGAGGGGCAUUCCAUGUUCCUUGGACAUGAAAGCUGCAGGCUGCCCCUCCCCACCUUCAUAUGUGCCUCGCUUUUUCACCAGAUUCACAGAUAAAAUGAACUUCAAACAGAGACUUGUCAACACAGUGGUGUCUUUGUUGGAGCCGCUGCUGUGUCGACUGAUCUACUGGCACUUUGACACCAUGGCCCAUCAGUUCCUGGGAGAAAACGUCGGCGUAGCUCAAAUACUGUCUGACACUGAUAUCUGGCUGCUGAGGUUUGACUUCACGCUAGAUUUUCCACGUCCUUUGAUGCCUAACUUUGUAAUUGUUGGUGGCAUAAACUGCAAAGUGAGACAUCCUCUGCCUGAGGACCUGGAGUCCUGGGUGUCAGGAGAACACGGAUUUGUGGUGUUCACACUUGGAACCAUGGUGUCAGAUAUGCCAGAGGAGAGAACUUCUGUCUUCCUAGAGGCCUUUAGCCAGAUUCCACAGAAGGUUAUAUGGAGAUACACUGGGCAGCUUCCUGGCAAAGUCCCGGAAAAUGUGAAGAUAAUGAAAUGGGUCCCUCAAAAUGACCUGCUAGCACAUCCUGGAGCUCGGGCCUUCAUCACUCAUGCUGGCUCACAUGGUAUAUUUGAGGGACUGUGUCACGGUGUUCCCAUGGUGAUGUUACCACUUCAAGGAGAUCAACCAGACAAUGCACACAGGUUGGCCAGCAGGGGUGCAGGGGUGGUCCUAGACAUUUAUUCUAUCUCUUCAGACGACCUUCUGUUGGGAUUGGAUGAGGUCAUCAAUACCACCAGGUAUAAAGAGAACAUCCAGAGGCUUUCAAUCCUCCAUAAUGACAGACCAGCUGACCCACUCGACCUUUCAGUUUACUGGACAGAGUUUGUCAUGCGACACAAAGGAGCCAAACAUCUCAAAGCUGCUGUUGCUGACCUCAACUGGUUCCAGUACUUCUGCCUGGAUGUUGUAGUUGUGCUGGUUUCUGUAGUGCUGGUUUCUGUGGUACUGACAGUAAAAUGCUUCAAACUAUGUCUGAGGAGAGUGAGAGGGAAGAGAAAACUAGAUUAAAAUACAGAACACAUGGAUUUGUAAUAGAAAGAAGGUUUGCAUUUUUAAUUACGUACCUGCGACAUCACUCAGCUCAGUUAUAACAUUUCUAGCAUAAUAAGAGUAUUAUAUAUGAUGGCAUAUUAAACUUAACUAACUACUUACUAUUAAUGGAAGGAAAUGUAAGCAUUGUUCAGGGGAGGCGGAGAAAGGCAGCAGUUAGUCUGACAAAGAUAAGGUCUGUGUGACGCUGGUGAGACACACAUUACUUAAACUCCUGGAACUGGAUUGUGACUUGUUCUUGGAGGAAUUUGCCCCUUUCAUGAACAGUAGCUUGGACGGCUCUAAAUGGAGACAAGGCUUUGCUGCUGCUCUGCUGUUAAGGGAACCUUCCCCCAACCUGUUCCGAUCUUAUCGUUGUGAUCCUAAAGCUAAAAUUAAAUGAUAUAAUAUUACAGUUUAAAAGUUAUAUGCUCUUAACAUCACUAAACACAAGAGAAACAAAACAAAAACAAAAGUAAUUAACUUUUUUAGUGCAAUAUCUUUUGUUUUGCAUGUUUUUAAUGUUUAUUCAUUAUUUUAUUACCAGUGUUACCAGCACUACUAGUGUGGCAGUCACUGGGUAACGAUAUAAACACUUCAUACAUGUAACACAUGAAGCCAAUAACUACAGGAGCCUGUAUAUUUGCUUAAAAUAUCAAACUGCAGCUCUUUACCUGUCGCCAUGUAACAUUAACAUUAAUGAAUUAACAUGUCUAGUCUCAAGUAAGCAUCAUGUUUUAGAAAAUUGGUAAAUAAUAUUAAUAAAAAUAUAUUACAAUAAUAAUAAAAUAUUAAUAGAUACAUGUUUGGCUUAGAUGAGCUGGUGGGUGGGUUAUGUGAGUCCUUAGAAGAAAAGUUAUUUUGUAUGGUAAAUUUGUUUUUCUGUCUUUUCCUUUCAGCUGUCAAGCAGCUCUGCCUGUAGUAAAAUAAAGUGGUCGAUUUGAAUCAAGGCCAUAUUCAAACCCUAA